UUCAUGUCGAUAUGAUGUUUGUCAGAUGUCAGCGAUGUCUCAGAGAACAGAUUCAGUGUUUGUCUCGUCUCUCGGUAAAGGAGACACUUUACAUCAGCAAGUUUUAGCAGCUUUUCCUUUGUGUGGGAUCUCAGAGGAGGAUUUGAUCCAGAACCCACAGUUCUGUAAGUUACUGGCGACUCUGUCGCAGCAUGUGGACCGAGCCGGACUCACACAGCACCUCAGGAGGGACCGAGAGAAGGCCGAGCGUGAGCUGCACGCUCAGAGGUUGUGUUGGCUGCAUGUGGAGAGCGAUCUUCGGGUUCUGCGAGAAAUCGUCCAGGAGAACCGCUUCAGUAAAGCCUCCAGCGCUCAGACAGCGGAGGACAAGUUCUGCAGCACGCUGGAGCAGUGUUUGAUGGUGGCUCAGUGUGUGAAACAGAUGGACGUCAGCUCUUAUAGCAGUGAAGAUCACAGCGGCGUUCUGGGACUGACUGCAGAAAGAGUCCAGAGACAAAUGCCUCCUGAACAGGAGCUGCUAGAGAUGAAGCAGAGGUUGCCAUCAGAACUCCUGCAGCAUCUGAAGAAGAAGGCCGUCAGUAUCCUGACAUACUAUCAGCCGGAGUGGGAGAAUGAAAGCGAGGGUCUCAGGAGUGUGAAGCUUUCCAAACUUCCCGAACUGUUGGACGCUGAACAAAAGAGAGCCAAGAGCCUUACAGAGAAGAACCGAGAGAACAAGACGUUACUGCAGCGGCAAACACACGCGCAGCUGUCUGAGCUGCUGAAGUGCAUGAACAUCCUUCAGCGUCUCGUCCUGGAUCUCCGGCUCAAGGCUCAGAAAGAUCUGGACCGGAAGAAGAUCGAGUACUUCCAGGCCAAAUGUGAGACUGGUUUGCAGAAGAUCAGAGCCGAGAUGCUGGAAGUUCAGCUGGACACGUACACAAGAGACAAGAUAGCGGCUCAUAAGAAGAUAACGGAGAAGCUAAAAGCAGAGCUGAAGUCCUCCGAGCUGGACAAACAGACGCAGGAGUCUAAGCUGACCUCCUUCCAGAUCUACGGCCAGGACUUUGAGGCUCUCGCUGAGGAAUAUUCCAGACUCCGGCGGGAGAUCGCCACGAAAUCCUGGGCGCUGAAGGAGUUCUCCGCGUGAAUCACACUGAAGCUAGUGAUGCUAGUCAGAUCUCUCAUCAGUUCUGUCCUCUAAUUCAUCCUGCUUUUGAAUUCAUUUGUUAUUCUUGAUCGUUUAAUAUCAUUUGACUAAUUAACCAGUCUAAAUCAACAAGUCCAGGUGUAGUCAAAAUUGACUGUCAACUGCUGUAUUAAUAAAUAAGUCAAAUUUG